AUGUCGACUCCCACGUUGAUCGAUCUUCCCCCCCCACCAUCUGAGCCGGUUACCCCUUCGGACAUGGGCCCCAGCACGCCAAAUUCCGGCACCACGUCGCUCUCAGCUCUUUCCACCACAGCCAUUAAAGACGGCCACCAGGGCCACUGCCACCGCUCUCACCACGCCCACCGCUCCUCGAACGCCUCUGAAUCGUCCACAACAACUCUAGACGCGGAACGUGCUGACCGUAUCUCACGUUUAGCAGGUUUGGAACGCGUAGCCACAAGCAGGCCCAGUGGAGGCGGGCCGAGUUCCUCAGCUAAUCCUCAAGGGAUGCCCGGGGGAUUCAGUUACCAACCACCAGGCUACUUCGAUCACCUGCAACCCCUUUUUAAGGAGCGAAGCACUGUCGGUAGCGCUAGUGCAACAGGUAGCAUCGGCGGGCGCACGACUUGGGCCAGCAGCAGCGACAUUUUCGAAUCAGAUAGACCAGGCGAUGACGACGGUGUCUCCAGCAUAGCCGGACUAAGCGACGAGGGAAGCUCCAGCCUCGUUGGCUUUGGAGAGGGCGCAAACAGCACCGUCAGCGGGCCUGUUUCGACCCCUGUGGUUAGGAUUCCUGUUACUUCUGGCCGCGGGGGGAGUGGUGGUAGUGGAAAUAGCCCUGUAUUAACCAAUAGGCCACUUCCAAGCCAUACGUCAUCGUCCCUACACGUGUCAACUGGAGCGGACGGUGCUAGUGGGGACGCAUCGCUCCCAUCGGCGGAGACUCGUACGCCAGACCAACUGGUGGCCAGUCCUGAUCUCAACACACAAGCGCGGAUGGUUGAUGGUGCAACAUACGAUGCUAACAUUGUGGAUACAGCAGCUCGGCCUCUUGAACCUCUAGGUCCAGAUGAUGAUAAUAACUGA